GAAGCCGCAGAAGAAGAAACAAGGCCGUGACGCAUUUCCUUCAGCCGUGUGCUCUUCUCUCUUCUAUGGUAGCAUUAACCGGUCUACAACAAAUUCUCCAGUGAGAUAUGUGCAAGUUUAUAUUGCGCAUUUCCGCAUGUAGUUAAUAACUGGUUUUGGUAUUUAUUCUUUGCAUUUGAUGUAGCUUGUUACAGUCUGAAGGUUGAAAUGCUAUUGGCCUGAUGUGAGAAAGCUAACAUUAGCUAGCUGUUAGCGUUGUUAGCUGCGGCUCAACAGCACAAAGGCCGUGUAACCGAGCCCCUUUUUAACCAUGUAUCCAUCAUGGGGGAAUUAUAGUGGGCCCCAGCCGCAGACCUAUGGAGGGUCUGGGCCACGUAAACAGCCGGCUGCCGGCUACAGCGGACCGGCUGCGGGGUUCGGCGGUUUCGAGGCCUCGCCCAGCGACUUGCUGUUCUCCAGCCUCCAGGAGCAGCACCGCCAGCAGAUGCAGCAGCUGCAGAUGCUGCACCAGAAACAGCUGCAGUCCGUGCUCCAUCACGGCAGCGGCGCCGCUUCAUACGGCGGUGGACACUCGGGUGGGUAUCCGGGGGCGCCCUGGCAUUCAGAAGGAGCAGACGCUGCUGCUGCUGCUGCUGGAGCUCAGCAAUAUUAUAACCAAGACGAGGCAGCGGCUCAAUCGUCGAGGGUCCCACCUACUCCCAUGCCAGGUCACCAGCAGCCUCUACCACAGCCGCACAGCACCGAAUCACAGCCGCUCCCUCCCCCCGAGCUCCCGUUAUCAAAGCCCCCGGACAGCAACGAACCCCCCAAACUCAUAGAGGCAAACACAAAGGAUGUAUUCACACCACAAGAAGGAAAACAUUUAACUUUGCAGGAGCAACAGCAGCUAUGGUAUAAACAGCAUCUUGAGAAUCUUCAAAAGCUCAAGCAAGAAAAAGCUAAACAGAAUCAGAAAGAUGGAGACGGCUCUGGACUGCCACUACCCACAUGUCAAGCCGUUCCUCCUCCUCCAUCAGAACCUCUAAAAAAUGCACCUCCUCCACCCCCCCCAAAAGAGGAGCCACCAGCGCCACCUCCGCUACCUGAGGAAAUAAGGAGUGAAAAUUUAGGAAAACUACCUACAGUUACAGAUACACCGGAAAUUCCGCAAGACCCAGAGGAGGCUGCCCGCCUCCAGCAGUUACAGGCUGCAGCAGCACAGUGGCAGCAGGUGCAACAGCAGAGAGCAGGCCUACAAUACCAGGCUCUCAUGCAACAGCAUGAAAAGCUGCAGAAGAUCCUGGAACAAUAUCAACAGCUGAUUCAACAACCAUCAGACCUUCAGUCAAUGUCUGCUGAAAUGCAGCUAAGGCAUUAUCAAAUGCAGCAGCAGCAGUUCACUCCUUUAUUCCAAGACUGGGCUCGGACCUUCAUCCUAUGGUAUGAGCAGUUCAAGACCUAUCCACACAAAGACCAAUUACAGGACUAUGAGCACCAAUGGAAACAAUGGGAAGAACAGAUGAAUGCCACCAAUGCUCAUCUUCAGGAAAGGGUUGCCACUCUAACAGCCAUGGUGCCAUAUCCUUCAAGCCAGUAUACCAGUGGGAUGGUGGGACAGUAUGGCCAGUAUCCUGGACAAGACAUCCAAAUGCACCAGCCGUCCCUAAACAUUAGUAUGCAACAUUCUCCAGCUGUUAUUGGUCCAGGAUCUCAAGGUCCACGGCCCACUGGGUUUGGUCCACCAUUGGAAUCGCAUGCAGGGCCACCUGUGAGAGGUGGUGUACCUGCUGGCAUAGGAGUCCAAAAUCCUGACCCCCCUACAGUUCAGCCACCUAGCUUCAGCAAUGUGAGAGGCCCACGUCCAAACAACCCUAGAUUUGACCCACCACGACAAGGUUUUGAUGGACCUCCAAGAUUUGACCAGCCACAGCAACGCUUUGAUGGGCCUCCAAGAUUUGACCAGCCACAGCAACGCUUUGAUGGGCCUCCAAGGUUUGACCAGCAACAGCAACGCUUUGAUGGGCCUCCAAGGUUUGACCAGCCACGCUCACGUUUUGACGGUCCCCCAAGGUUUGACCAGCCACCCCCGCGUUUUGACGGUCCCCCAAGGUUUGACCGGCCACCCCCACGUUUUGAUGGUCCCCCAAGGUUUGACCAGCCACCUCCACGUUUUGAUGGUCCCCCUCGAUUUGACCAACCAAGACACCGCUUUGACGGUCCUCCCAGAUUUGGUCAACCUCGAUUUGGGCAACAGCCUAGAUUUGAACAACCCUCAAGACCGCCAGGCCCCCCACCUCAUUUUGAACACUCCCCUGUGCCACUGCAAAAGCCACCACUGGAUCUGCAACCUAAUGCACAACCAGAAACUAAACCACCUACCAGUAUGGAUACAAAGAAUCUAGAAAAUGUAUCUGUACUACCACAGUCUGAAAAAGGACGAAGUAAGUCAGAACCAGAUGAUGGCACUAAUGCUGAAGACUUAACAGAUGAUAACUUGCUUGGAAAUGACAGUUUCUUUGUCCAAAAUGACCCCAUCCCUCAGACUUUACCAACAAAUGAUAGUGAGAAUUUAGAAAUUAGUAUGUCUCCUGCCAAUAGUGAAAAACCUGAAACUCUUAACAAGGCAUCUGUGACUACUACUUCUGUGGAACCUAAAAUUACUUCUACGGCAAAUCCUCACAAACCAGAUGAAUCGGUGACAAAUAACCCUUCUGUUGGGGUUCCAAAACCCCCUGUGAUCACACAGGAACUUCAGACCUCUGGGCAAAAACAGUCAAGACCAGAGCCUCAGAUGCUUUCUUCUGGUAGGGGACGUGGUCAGCCCCCAGUACCUUGUCAAAUUCCAGGGCGUGGACGUGGGCAGAGGGGUCGUGGUGCAUUCAGGGGACCAAAUACUCUCCCACUUGGGGAGCAAGUGGAAGAAAUGUCUUGUGAAUACAUGCCACCUGAGGAGGACACUGGUAUAUCGGGAGAACACGAAGAGCAUCACUGGCAGGAUCCUUCCUAUGAGGAAUUUGGUGAGGAAUCAGAGGUGCCUCCUGAAGAAAUUUGGGUGCCAGAUGAACAUCAAUUUCCAACAGAGGAAGAAUAUUAUGAAGAACCAGUUGGAGGACCCUAUAUGGGAAGAGGAAGGCCCCCAAUGAUGAGAGGAAGGCCCCCUAUGUGUAGAGGUGGCCCACCCAUGGGAAGGGGAGGUCCACCCAUGGGAAGGGGAGGUCCACCCAUGGGAAGGGGAGGUCCACCCAUGGGAAGGGGAGGCCCACCCAUGGGAAGGGGAGGCCCACCCAUGGGAAGGGGUGGUCCACCCAUGGGAAGGGGAGGUCCACCUAUGGUUAGAGGUGGGCCCCCCAUGGUUAGGGGAGGGCCCCCCAUGGUUAGGGGAGGGCCCCCCAUGGGUAGGGGAGGGCCCCCCAUGGGUAGGGGAGGACCUCCCAUGGGGAGGGGAGGACCUCCCAUGGGAAGAGGAGAGCCUCUAGACAGGCACUGGGAAGAAGAUGAAUCAUUAGACUGCUCAGAGGAAGGGGAACCUUACUGGGGAGAAAGGAGGCCUCCAAUGAGAGGAAUGAGACCCCCCUUUCCACCUGGCCGAGGUCGUCCACCUCGAGGCCAUUCUGGUUUUAUGCACCAAGGGCGAGGACACCCUCCUCACCCACCACAUGGACCAGUAGAUCACGAGUCAUUGAGCCAUGCAAUGGACUCUGAUGCUACUGAAAUGGACUCUACAAGGCACCCCAUGUUUCACGGACGUGAUCCUCAUAGCCAUCCAAUGCAUUCAGAUAUGGGAAGAGGCAGGCGUUGUUUGCCACCACCUCCUCCUCAUGAAUUAAUGGAUGCCACAGAAGAGCCCUUAUAUAAUGAUGGAAUGGAAAGAGAGUUGGGGUGGAAGCCACCACAUGGAAGAGGCCCACCUUUGCCUCCACAGGAGAUGAUAGAUAGAGGAGGAAUAAGAAGGAGACCUGUGGGUCGAGGAAUGGCCCGAGGUAUGUGGAGACCAGGUCCAACACAUGAGGAAUAUGAAGAGGCCUUUAAUGAGGAUUUUGUAGAGGAUUACAAUCACGGGGACGAGAGGUAUAACCGGCGGCCGCCACCGGAUGACUUUCGCCAUGAUGCCAAGAACUAUGAUUCUGAAUGGGACCGAGAGCGUGGUCCUCCUGAGAGGGACUUUCCCCCCCACAUACCGCCACCUGAGCGCUACAGAGAGGGCCAAUGGUUAGAGGAGAGAGAAAGAAGUCGCCCAUAUCCGUAUGAGGAACACAACAGGGGAAGAGGAGAACUUCGAAUUCGUGAGUACGGAGAUGAGUCACUGCACAGAGAGGAAAAGCCACCUUACCCACCACCGCCAUCAGAAUGGAAUAGGCUUUCAAGACUUCCUCCACCACCAGACAGAGUGUAUCCUCCAGACUAUGAUGAUCGCAGGCCUCACUAUGAGGAGCGCAGAGAAGAACCUCUACCCCCACUGCCUGCUGCACCAGUCAAAAGCUUGCCUGACAGCUCAGUUGAUACACUUCAUGGUGUAAGUGGGGCAAAUGUACUUGCUCUCUCACAGCGUCAGCAUGAGAUCAUUCUUAAAGCUGCUCAAGAGCUUAAACUUAUUAGGGAAUUGCAGGAGGGCAAAGCCCCUGGUCCUAGUUCUGAACCUCGACCUCCAUCUACAGACGUCUUGACUGAGCUUCCUGCUGGUCUUCUUGGUUUGGAGAUCCCAGCAGAUGUCAGAAAUGUUCUCAAGGGCAUGAGUGCAGCAGCACAGACGGCGCCAGCUGAAUCUGUGUGGGACAAAAAGCCUUCAGCCAUGGAUUAUCAUCCAGGUCUCACAGCUGCACCCAAACCAUCAGUGAUUCCAAAGACUGUGGAGUAUGGGCAUGGGCAUGAGCCUGGAGCCACUGUCGAACGGAUCUCCUAUGGCGAGAGAAUUAUUUUGAGGCCUGACCCUGUCCUGUCAGACAGGGGUUAUGGAAAAGAACCUCUUGGUCCUAGAGAUCCCUACAGCAGAGACCCAUAUUAUGAUAGACGUCCGGACCCCUACAUUGACCGCCGGGAUUAUAGUAGAGAGCGGGAAUUAUAUAGAGAAAAGCCUCCACCUGACUAUGAACGGGAAAGAUAUGACCGGGAACGCUAUGCUCCAAGGGAUAGAGAUGACAGCAACCAGUCCAUGGUUGAUGAAAGAGCUCCACCGGUACCACCUCUUCGCUCAGGAUACAGAGACAGAGACCAACAACUUCGAGAGAGGGAGCGAAGUGGCAGUCGUGAUCGAGAUGAACAUUAUGGCAGACCUGGCUAUGAUAGACCUCCGUAUGAGCGGGUUGGAAUUGACCGCAGUAUCCCAGAGCGUUAUGGCCAUAGCUCCUCGCCUUUUGCAGAUAAAAGAAGUUAUCCAGAAGACAGAGGCCCUCCACCUGUACCAAAUCUACCACCUCCACCGCAGCCACCCCAACGGGUCGAGAAGAAGCCAGAAAUGAAGAAUAUUGAUGAUAUCCUCAAACCACCAGGGAGAUUGACUCGCCCCGAAAGGAUUGUUAUUAUACUAAGAGGACUUCCAGGAAGUGGCAAAAGCCAUGUUGCAAAGCUAAUACGGGACAAGGAAGUUGACUGUGGCGGUGCUCCACCAAGAGUUCUAGUCUUGGAUGACUAUUUCAUGACUGAAGUCGAGAAAGUUGAGAAAGACCCAGACACAGGAAAGCGAGUCAAAGCUAAGGUUCUGGAAUAUGAGUAUGAGCCAGAAAUGGAGGACACAUACCGAAGCAGUAUGCUAAAAACAUUUAAGAAAACUCUUGAUGACGGCUUUUUCCCCUUCAUCAUUUUGGACACUAUUAACGACAGGGUUAAACACUUUGAUCAGUUCUGGAGUGCAGCUAAAACAAAAGGCUUUGAGGUUUAUUUGGCUGAAAUAACUGCAGAUACUCAGACCUGUGCAAAGAGAAACGUCCAUAGUCGCACACUUAAGGAUAUAGUAAAGAUGUCCAACAACUGGGAGCCUUCACCACGUCAUAUGGUGCGUCUAGAUGUCCGGUCCUUGCUGCAGGAUGCUGCUAUAGAGGAGGUUGAGAUGGAAGACUUUAAUCCUGAUGAUGAGCCCAAGGAACAAAAGAGAGAAGAGGAAGAAGAGGGUGAUCUGGGUUACCUUCCAAAAAGCAAAUGGGAGAUGGACACAUCUGAGGCAAAACUCGACAAGCUGGAUGGUUUGGGAAGUGGUGGGAAGAGGAAGCGUGAAGGUGAACACAUGGCAGGCUUGGAGGACUACCUCCAGCUUCCAGAUGACUAUGCCACACGCAUGUCAGAGCCAGGAAAGAAAAGGGUUCGAUGGGCUGAUCUUGAGGAGCAAAAAGACGCAGAUCGAAAGCGCGCUAUUGGUUUUGUGGUGGGUCAAACUGACUGGGAGAAAAUAACAGAUGAGACUGGUCAGCUGGCCCAAAAAGCUCUCAACCGCACCAAGUAUUUCUAAGAAGAUAAUCUUUCUCCCCAUGUGCUCUCAUUAGGUGUCCAGAAUGUGAAACACAGAAGAUUAUUCAUGAGGAAACAUUAUUUUACUAAUAACCCUAAAGUAUGGUUUUCUUAUUUUUAAGCAGACUUCCUGGCUGCUAACUAGAUUGAUGAUUGCGUGUUUUUGACUUUGUCCCAUUUUCCUGAAUUACCAUGUUUUUUGUUGCUGUUUUGUACCAUUCAUGCUGUAAACCUGUAGUACUGUUUCUUUCUCAAUCCAAACUUGAAAAAUAAAAUUUCACACACCUA